AUGCAGCGUCCGGGUGUGGACGGGCCGCGCCGGCCGUCCAUAGAUCUCAGCUCGACGGCUGUGGAACGGGCUACCGCCGGCAUCUCGCUGGAGGUUCUCUACGGCUUUGGCUCGGGCAAGAACCUCCGGGAUGCGGUCCUCUUCGGUGACAUCGCUGGGCAGUACCUGGCGCAAGCAGUAGGGCGACAGCUGGCUUUCCGGCACCUCCUCGGCGAGGAGGUCAGCUUUGCGGCGGAGAGCUGUGACGUUGAUGCGAUCACGGCCUGUGCUGCCUCGUGCAGCCGUUCAUUUCUGGCAGUCUGCCAGGUUUGCAGACCAAGCCGGUCUCAGGUUUCGAUUUAUGAGCUGGGACCGGUGGCCAGCAACCGGCCGGUGCAGACCUUGCAGGAGCUGAAUGGUCGGGAUGGCCCGGUAGGGCGGAUUACUGCCGUGGCAUUCUCUUCUGCCAGCAGGGCAAGCGGAGUUCCCGAGGAUGAAGCCUCCAGGCUGGCGGUGGCUUCCAUGGGCUACCAUGCCCAAAUCAUCGUGUUAGACUGGAGGCUCAACGAGAUCAUCAGCCGUUUCGUACUGCAGGAGGAACUGUCGAGGAUCGAUUUCAACCCACUGGAUUCGGACAUGCUGUCCGGCUCCAGCCUGAACUCCUUCGAGAUUUUCCUUAUGAGGGACCUUCCAUUGGCAGAGGAUGGCGAGAAGGAGCAGCUUGAAUCCAAAGAGAUGUUCAAGCUUCAACAGCUCGAGGAGCUUGAGGAGUUCGCAGCUGUUUUCACGGAUCAUGCCUGGUUGGUGCCGGCGAAUGGGCGAUUGGCGCUGGCUUCAGAGGAGGGAGCCAUCUUCAUUGUGGGAAGUGGCUUGGGAAUAGAGGACGCGGAGAACCGUGCUCAGCAUCUGGACAUGGACCCGGUGCCAUACUUUGUGUGCCGAAUUGCCGCCCCCUUUGGACACACGGUGAGCGAUCAGCAAGUCUUUGGCAUCAGGCCCUUCAUCAAUGGUUUCGUCGUAGCUGGUGCCAGCAGUCAAGUCGCUGUUUGGCGACUCGAGCAAAACGAGAACGAGGACGAUGCGAAUCCGGUUGACAUUUUUGCCAUUCCAAAGUACGCACACGAAUGCACCGCCGUCAUUGAUGCGGGCAAGGGCUUUGCUGUGGCUUCGCUUGACAUCGUUGGUAGCCGAGACGAGGUGCAUGUGGCUUUGUGCUUCGACAGCUCUGACAUAACACACUUUCGCCUGGGAGCCUUGACGGACUGCAACGGCCACCUUGCAGACAGCCCGCUAUUGGGUGGCGGAUUUCAUCCAGGCCCGGUGACCUGCAUGGACAUGGCCGUGCACCGGGCGAUCCUGGUCACGGCCUGUAGUCAGGAUGCCUCGCUCCGAGUCUGGGACUAUGAAGCCGGCAGGUGCGAGCUCUGUUGGCAAGCCCCCGAGGAGCCUACAGGUCUUGCACUGCACCCUUUUGGCUUCUUGCUGGCAGUGAGCUUCAGUGACAGGAUUCGUUUUAUGGAGAUCUUGGCGAAAGACCUGAAACUGUUCUCGGAGCUCCACGUAAAGAAUGUCCACCUGUUACGUUUCUCCCAUGGUGGACAUCUGCUAGCCGCAGCACAGUCGAAGCUCAUCCUGGUCUUCAGCACGUGCAAUUUGAGAAAAAUCGCAACCCUUCGCGGCCAUCCGAGGGAGGUCUCCUCCAUGGCUUUCGAUCCUCUCGAUCGAACCUUGGUCACACUAGGCGAGGAUGGAAAGGUUUGCGAGUGGAGCACAGAGAACUGGAACUCGUUGAACGAGUAUGGCACCCACGGAGAAGCUGCAGCUGUCGCAACUUCUGGAGAGGGGCUUGUCUGGGCCGGUGUGGCCGAGGUCGAGAAGACCUCAUUUCGGACAUUUCGCCAAGGAAUGCACCAAGAAAGCGAGGACUACAUCAUGCAUCCGUCUGAGCACCUUUGCUCUAUGCAGCUUUACAGCAGGCCCUCAGAGGUGUCCAUCCUUGCUGGUGACAAGAACGGCAAACUCAUCGCAUUCUGCGGCCUCACGGGGGCCCUGAGGAGUGCGACGCUCGGCUUGCAUUCCGAUGCCAUCACGGCGGUUUGCAUCUCUGCUGAUGGGCACACCGUGGCCACAGCUGGUCGGGACGGUGCCAUGUUCGUCCUUGCAGCUGAUGGAAUAUCAGACACAGCUCGGCCCGAUUCGAAGUCUCGCGAAGGCUCAAUGGAGGUGGUCAUGAUCAAUCGCGGAGACAUCCAGCUGCGACAGGAUGAAAUUCACGAUUUGACAACACGGAUAUCGACGCUGAAGGCUCAGAUAGAGGAGGAUGCGGCACGCCUCCAAAGUGAGUGUCGGGCCAGAGUCGAGGAGGCGCGACGGCAGGAUCAGGAGAAGAUCCAGUCGUUGAGAAACCAGUAUGAAACCUUGCAGCAGGCAUCCACGGUGAAGGAAAGGGACAGCCUCCGGAAGAUGAAAGCCAUGCAGGCCUUGCACGUGCAGGCUGCCGAUGACCAGGAGAAGGCCUAUGACAAGCGAAUGCGCGCUGAUGCAGAGAGCUAUGAUGCGCUGGAGGCGGAACUGCGAGACCUCGAGGCUCGCUUUGAGCAGGCCCGACACAAAGCACAGACCGCCCUGGAGAACCAGGAGCACAAGCAAGAGAAGGAAGUGCAUCGCCGACUGAACGAGAAAGAUGCAGAGAUCCACAAGUUGAAAGAUCUCAUUGCAUUCACGCAGAAAAGAUUCGAUGCCAUGCUGGAUCAGGAAGGAAUGGAGCAAUCGCUCGAGAUUUCAGAAAUCAAGAAGAAGAAUCAGGAGGAGUUGGAGCAGCAGCAUCUAGUGGAGUACAAGUUAAAGAAGGACCAGGAUAUGUUGAUGAGAGGCUUGGAGAUGAUGGAGAAGGAUCGGGACCGCAUUGCCAUGGAGCAGCGCGAAGCCAGCGUGAACAUCAGCAGCCUGCGCGCGGAGGCUGAGACGAUGAAGCGCGAGGUGACGCUCCUGAAGGCCGAGCGCAAGGAACGAGAGGCCACGCUGCGCGACAAGGAGAUGGAGAUCGGAGCGCACAAGCUCAAGGUGCAGACGCUGAAGAAGUUCAAGCACGUUCUGGACUACCGCUUGCGAGAGGUGACAGAGUCCUUGAAGCCCAAGGAGGACAUGAUCGCGCAACUCCACCUGCAGCUCUCGGCUCUGGAGGAGGAAUUUGAGCGGCAGCUGGAGAUCCAGAAGCAGAUGGAGGGUGUUCUGGAGACGAAAUCUGCUCAAGUGCUUCAGCUGUCUGCAGAGGCUGAGAAGCAGAAGGAGAUCUUGAAGCAGCGCCAGCGGACCAUCUUCCGGUACACCGCCGACCUGUUGGAGUUAGCCAGCGACCAGGACGUGCGCAACUGGCACAUCGGGCUGAAGAAGAUCUGGCGCGACCACGUGAACCCUGAGACCUUCAAGAAGGACGAGGGGACAAGUCUCCCGAUGCAGGAACUCGGCCGGCAGAUUCAGGUCAUGGAGCGUAAGGCGUCCAUGCUGGCUCUGCGCAGCAAGCGGGGCGAAGCCACCUGCAAGGCAGACACACGACGGAAAACGCAGGAGAAUUCCUUACUGAUCCACGAGCUGGAAGAGCUCCGGAUCGAGAAGAAGUCUCUCCAAGCCGAAGUGCAGGAGUUGGAGCUGCAAGUGCAUUUGGCCGAGCAAAGAGCAGAGAACAAGGAGAUCCGGAAAGCUUUGCCGGGAAAGUCUGGGCUGGAGCGAAGCGACAGCAAUCCCAGGCAAGUGCCACAGGCCGCCCAAGGCCUUUUCGACGAGGCUCCGGCCAUCCACAGAGGGCCAAAGGGAAGCAAAGUGAGCAGUGCUCCAGUCGCCAAGAAGCAUAGCGCCCACAAGUCCCAGGAAGAGCUGCGCAAGGCGAAGCUGAGCCGCAAGGUGGCCGAGCAACGGGAGCAGCAGCGACACCAGCAGAGGGUGCGAGAAGAGCUUGUGCCCCAGGAGUUGGACAGCCUCAUGAAGCGGCGGACUGAAGAGGAGCAUCUUAGGUCUACCAGCUCAGCGGGUGGCUCCCAAGCUUCGAGCGGGCCUCCCGCCGGCGGUGCACUGUCAGUUGUCCGAUUCCAUCAGAAGGGAUCGCCUGCCGGCUCUGUGGAUUCCGUCUAA